AUGGCUUGUGAAGGCGCAGGACGUGAUCGUCUUGACUUUGCUACCGCCAUGGUCCGGUCUUAUAGGCGCUACGAGCCUUUACACACCUUCGGUACGAUAUGUACUGGCUUCGCCAAUGCUCUCUGGACCCCGGAUCAUAGUAUAUUGAACAGCAGCACUGCAAAGUCGACCGGUGCAGGACGAACAUAUGUCGGCGCGAAUGAAGAUGUGCUUUGCUGGGAUGUAAAGAAAGGCGAACUGUUGUCGCGAUGGCAUGACAAAAAUAACAAGAGCGAGGUGACUGCUUUGGCUCAGUGUAGUGCACAGCCAGACCUCUUCGCUGCUGGAUAUGCAGACGGUGCAAUACGAAUAUGGGAUGGUCUUUCAGGACAAAUUGUAGUCAGCUUCAAUGGCCACAGAAGUGCUAUUACACAGUUGCAAUUCGAUCUGGAAGGAGCACGAUUGGCCAGCGGAAGCCGCGACACGGAUAUCAUCAUCUGGAACUUGCUUUCCGAGACCGCGGUAUUUAGGCUUCGAGGCCACAAGGAUCAGAUCACUGGACUAUCAUUCCUGAAGACUGCUGUGCGCCGAAGACAGAGUCCACACACCGACAAAGGCAUCGAUGUGGGCGAGAGUGAAAGUGAAGGAGAGGUCGAAGAGAAGUACCUUGUCUCUACCUCAAAGGAUGCUCUGAUCAAGCUAUGGGACCUCACAAGUCCUCACUGUGUCGAGACACAUGUUGCGCAGUCGGCUGGUGAAUGCUGGGCUUUGGGUAUCAGUCCUGACGGAGACGGUUGCGUCACUGCAGGCAAUGAUGGCGAGCUCAAAGUGUGGCAGAUGGACCUCGAGAAGCUGGCCCAAUUGAGCAGUAGCAUCAAUGAUGGCAAGAAACAAGAUAUACUCACUAGUCAGGGUAUAUUGCAACGGCAGGGACGUGACAGAGCCCUCAGUAUCAUUUUCCACCCUAAGCAGGAUUAUCUUGCGGUGCACGGAUCAGACAAGGCUGUGGAGAUAUGGAGACUGAGAGCGCAGGACGAGGUGCAUCGACACAUGCAGCGAAAGCGGCGAAGACGAAGAGAGAAGGCAGCUGCAGCUGGCGAAGCACCUCUACCCGAAGCAGAUGACGUAGAUAGUGCACCUGUUGUAGACGAUCUCUUCGUCUCGUACGUGACUGUACGGACUGGGGGCAGCCGAACAAGCAAAGCUCUACAGCUGGUUGUCUCGACUACGAACAAUCAGAUCGAGCUGUACAACGUCGCCACAUAUCGAGCUCAGCAGAAGACAGCUACUAGGGAGGCACCGGAGUACAGUCGCAAUCUAGCGGUCGACAUACCAGGCCAUCGCACCGACAUCCGAACCCUUGCUCUUUCUUCCGACGAUCGUAUGCUGGCAUCAGCUUCGGCUGGCCAGCUGAAAGUGUGGAACCUGAAGACGCAAUCAUGCCUACGCACAAUCGAUUGCGGGCAAGCAUUAUGCUCAGCGUUCCUACCUGGCGACCGAAUAGUACUGCUCGGCACCAAGACCGGUGAUCUCGAGAUUUACGACGUCAGCACGAGCACCUUGAUCGAAAGCAUUCCUGCCCACGAAGGUCAAGCCAUAUGGACAUUGGCUGUCCACCCGGAUGGCCGCAGCGUAGUGACCGGCUCGGCCGACAAGAGUGCGAAGUUCUGGCGUUUCGAUGUCGUGGAUGAGGAAAUACCUGGUACGCGACGGACGACACAGAGGCUCAAGCUCACGCAGACAAGGCAGCUCAAGGUGUCGGACGACAUUCUAAGCCUAUGCUUCAGUCCUGAUCAGCGCCUGCUAGCUGUUUCGACACUCGACAACACUGUCAAAGUCUUCUUCGUAGACUCGCUGAAGCUAUUUUUGACGCUGUACGGCCACAAGCUACCUGUGCUCAACAUCAGUAUCAGCAGUGACAGCAAGCUCAUCGCCACAUGCUCGGCCGACAAGAACGUCCGGAUAUGGGGCCUCGACUUCGGCGAUUGCCAUAAAGCAUUCUUUGCACAUCAGGACAGCGUGAUGCAGGUAAACUUCAUCGCUCAUCCGCCCGAGCGCGACGAAGCACAUCUACUCUUCUCCGCAUCAAAAGACGGUGUCCUCAAGUCCUGGGACGGCGACAAAUUCGAGCAGAUCCAAAAGCUCGAAGGUCAUCAUGGUGAAAUCUGGGCCAUGAUCUUGAGCCGCACUGGUGAGACAAUUGUGACAGCCUCUCACGACAAGAGCAUCCGUGUAUGGGAAGUAGGUGAUGACCUCGUGUUCUUGGAGGAAGAGCGGGAGAAGGAGCAAGAGGAGAUGUACGAAUCGACACUCGCCCAGAACCUAGAUCGUGAUCAUCAGGAUGAGGAUGGUCAAGCACAGGAUGAAGUUGCGGCUGCGAGUAGACAGACCAUCGCCACCCUCACACAUGGAGAGCGGGUCAUGGAAGCACUGGAGAUAAGUCUCACAGAUCUCGAACUCAUGCGAGCCUACGAACGCGACAAAACACGGAACCCAAAACUUGCCAUCCCACAGCGCAAUCCCAUGUUCCUCGCCCUCGGCAACAUAUCCGCCGAACAACAUGUUCUCAGCACCAUCCAGAAAAUUCCUAGCGCUGCUCUUCAUGAUGCUCUGCUGAUCAUUCCCUUCACCACUCUUCCCACUCUCUUCAUCUUCCUCUCCAUCUUCCUACGCAAACGCAUGCGACCGGAUUUGGCAUGGAGGGUGGUGUACUUUCUUCUGCAAGCACAUAUGCAGCAGAUCGUCGCGUCGGCGCAGAUGAGAGAUGUGCUUGAGGAGUGCUUGGAGGCAUAUGAAGAGUGGGUGGAAAGUGAGACGAAAUUGAUGGGAUUUAACCUGGCUGGUUUGGAGAUCAUGAGUCGGGAUGUCAGGGAGCGGGAAGUUGUGAGUGGGUACUUGGACGAAGUUGUUGAGGAGGAGAGCGAGGAGGGUAAGGGGAGGAAGAAGAGAGCCUUUGCGAAUUUGGCUUGA